AUGCAGUGGAACGGUCUCUACUUCGUGUGUCUAGCUUUAUGCUGCUUACACACUACAUCAGAACCACUACGCUUCCCUGAGGAUUACCAGUCCAAUGGUAUCAGAAGUAGACGCAGUGAUGACAAAGACAACCUGGCGUUAUCAAGAGAGAUAUUCAGGAAUAUCACAAAGCAACUACGAGAGAACAUCAGAAGAGAGGGGGCCACAGACAGAAGUGAUUUAUUACAAAUGGGCCCAGCUCCGUACACAGGGGACAACAGAAUAGCUGUGAAGUUUCAGUACCCAAAUAAUUGGAGACUAAGUAUGAACCCCGUGAAAAGAAACGACGCGGGCAGCUACAUGUGCCAAAUAUCUACACACCCGCCGAGGACUAUAUUCGUUAAUCUUACUGUAUUACCACCAGUUUUGACUAUAAAUAGUGAUCACACUCAUUCAGUAAAAGACAUGUUCUAUAAAGCUGGAAGUUCAAUAAAACUAUCUUGCGUCAUAUCAGAAGAAUACGUUUCAACAUUGCCCACAAAAGCGCCCGCUACUACGCUUAAGCCUUCAACAUCAACAACUGCAUUAACAACAACAACUGAAUUAACAACAAGAAUGAGUACUGUAUUUAAUAGGAUAGAUUUAAUGAUGAACAGAAGUUGGAGUGUUGAAACGACGACUAUAACUUCAACAGUUAGUAUAAGUACAACAACAAAAGCACCGGAGAUAGAGAAAACGACUGUAUUGACAACAACUAGACCCACUCCGCCUCCGAUUGAGAACAACAUUUAUGGUUUAGCCUGGAAGAAGCAAGGGAAAGAUUAUUUUGAUAACGUCACCUUUCGCAAUAUAAGCGCCACAAUCAACGUGGCAUCUGCAUCGCAAAAUGACAGCGGCACAUAUACUUGUAUCCUGCAGAACCAUUCACAAGUUAUCGUUAAUGUUCACGUACUGAUCGGUGAGUUCUGACAUAAUUAAUAUUAAAUAGAGUACGGUUGUUUAAUAAUUCUGAGUG